AUGACCAAAAAGAGAAGAAACAAUGGAAGAGCCAAAAUGAACAGAGGACACACAAGAAACAUCCGGUGUGAAAACUGUUUUAGGUGCUGCCCCAAGGAUAAGGCCAUAAAAAGAUUCCACAUAAGAAAUGUAAUAGACAAUGCGUCAUUUGACGACAUUAAACAGGCAUCCGUGUAUGAAGAGUUUGAAGUGCCAAAGUUCUACUACAAGCUAGAGUACUGCAUAUCCUGCGCGGUUCACCAGAGAAUUGUCAGAGCACGGUCUGUUGAGGGAAGAAAGGAGCGAAUAAACCCAUUCAUGAGAAAGAGAAUGGCGCUCCUAAGUGCCUCUGCAUAA